UGAAAUAACACACACACACACACAACGUCAGGUAUGGCGCUCGAACACCAGCACGCCGAGUCAUAACAUUCGUUUAGCUCGUGAACAGAACGACGUGGUCGAAAUCCAUUGUCGUUGUCAAGCUGUAUAAAACAAGCUGGAAUAAGCACGCGCCUAGGAGAAAAAUUCUUGCACGCCAGAGCGCGCUAUGUCCUCGCUGUUGUUCACCAGUUCACGGGUUUUUCUGCUUCCUUUCUUAUCCUUAACCGCGCCGAUUACUAACCCGGGAGUUGCAUGCCCUCGGAAGAUCGAGCGCUUUAUAGCUCCGUUGAAAGAGCGAAUGAAGACGAAAAGCAUGUGCAAUGUUGAUGACAAGUUUGAGUCACGACCACUAGAGUUGCUGAACAUUCUACGUUCCAGGUCUAACGUGCCACGCCUUGUUUUGAGCAGUCCACGCUUGAAGUCAGUAGUUGACACAAAUCUACGUAACACAGCGAAUUCGUUCUUUGCUAGAGAAAUACAUUCCGUGUCCAAUAUACAUUUACAAAUGUGCUCGUUUCGAGGUAUGAAGACUAAAAUAAAGCCAUACUCAUCUUGGAAGGCAAGAUUCCGCGCUACUGCUACAGGCAAAUAUGCGCGCAAGCAGAAGGGCAAACGGCACAAAGCUUCUUCGAAAACACUGCGACAGAAGAUGCUUUUACGGGCUACAAAACUGGUGCAUAAUUCUCUGGUGCAGCCAAUGAAAAAACUUGGAUUUAAUCUCCGUUGAUGAGUUCAAUGUUCGAAUAACUGGGUGCCCGGUUCAACCUGCAAACAAGAGGUGUACUGUACAGCGCAACUCUGUGGACCUAAGAGGAUUCGAUGAUCCCCAUGAGAAGGAUCGUAGCGGAAUAUAAUUUAAGGACGCCUUAUCAUUUUCCAGUCAAUACCUUGAAACAUUUGGCUGUGCAAAACUAUACUGGGCGCUCUAGUGUUUUCUUUGCUUCUUAUAGUUUAUCUGUGAGAAUAUAUUGCUUUCAAAAAUACAUACGAGCAAAACCAAAAUAACUCGUAAAAACAGAACUUUUCAAAACACGGCAGUACCUACCAGCACUCUAGCAAAACCUUUGGUGGCAUUUGCUAGUGAUAGUUUCUCCGCAUGUUUUCUUUGUGCGUCGUCAACUUUUAUGUGGUACAUAUGUCUUGCAGGGCAAAUUUUCUUCAGAAGUCGUGUGAUAUCUGCCUUGGUCGUUGGCUUCAGGUGCGAGAGUGUGAAAGCCUGCAUUUCGCGCAGUGACGUCGUUGAAGCUGUAGG